AUGCCCGAGAUCGAAAACGGAAAUGGCGCCGACAACAUUGACGCCGUGGCGAUGGGCUCCAGGGCCGGAGUCCAAUUGAUGCCCUCGUUUGAUGAUCCUCACAAAGAGCGCGCUUAUCUCAAGGGCAGGCUUGCACUUGCAUUCCGUAUAUUCGCCCAAAAGGGGUUUGAUGAGGGUGUAGCUGGCCACAUCACCAUCAGAGAUCCUGUAGAGCCUUCCACAUUUUGGGUCAACCCCUUUGGAGUUGCAUGGCCCACGCUGAAGGCUUCAGACCUUAUCCGCGUUAAUGGCGAAGGCAAGGUCAUUGAGGGCGGUCCAGUAAAGCUCUUGAACAAAGCCGCAUACAUGAUUCAUCAUGCUGUCCACGAGGCCCGCCCAGACGUCAACUGCGUCGCUCACUCGCACUCCGUCUACGGCAGAGCCUUCUCGACCCUAGGCCGACCACUCGAUAUCAUCACCCAGGAUGCCUGCGCAUUCUACAAUGACAUCGUCCACUACAAGUCAUUUGGAGGCAUCGUCCUUGAAGCCGAAGAGGGCGCCAACAUCGCCAAAAGCCUAGGAAAUAAGAAGGCUGCUAUCUUAGCAAAUCAUGGCCUGCUUACCUGCGGCAAGACGGUCGAGAGCACCGUAUUUUGGUUCAUGAGCCUGGAAACGUGCUGCCGCGUUCAGCUUCUUGCCGACGCUGCCGCUGCUGGUAGAGGAGAGCAGGUUGUCAAGGUGAACGAUCAAGAGGCAGAGUACACCUACAAAACGGUUGGCACGGAGCUUGCCGGCUGGUUUUCUGCAAAGCCGACCUUCUUUGCGAUAGAGAGGGAGAGCAAGGGGGAUCAUUUGGAAUGA